AUGCUACUCAGGCUGCUCUUCCUUGUCAUUGCUUCGCACCUACUUAUUACACAAUGUCGCGCCCAGUCACGAGCAUUUCAAUGGACGUUCGGUAAUAAUUUCAUCCUUUCUGAGCUGCAGGAGUGCCAGAACAUGAGUAUCGUGGUUGAAUCAAUCACGAACAACGCCUCAGAGUUGGGUGUUCCGCCGUAUUACCUGAUCGCGUUUGAAGCGGGAGGCAUUCCUACAACGAGCAUGAUUGGAUCCGAGCCAUCUCAGUUAAGGUGGCAGGUUGGUCAUCGUAGAGAAUCCGCGUUGAUGUUGUCUAUGGUUGAUUCGAACGGUAGUGCAGGAGGUAUCUCACCCACCCUAUUUAAUGUUACAGCCGGUAGUGAUACGUCAUGCAUUCCGCCUGCCCCGUCAAAUCCACCACACAUUGCAUCUAAUGUCACUGAUUCUCUGACGACAUGCGAGCCGUGGGGUUUGACCAUCACAAAUGGGACACAACCUUAUAGCGUUGUACUCGCCGCCCUCGACUCUCCUGUAACCACGAAUAUCUCGAUGGCCCAAGGGUUCAACGUCUUCACCUACAUUGAUCGAGCUAAUCCGAAUGGUCAAAUCCUUGCCGCUGUAGUCGACGCCAACGACCGAUGGGGUUACGCCACCUCAAUCGUAAACACAGUAGGUUCAAGCAACAAUGAUUGCGUUGGUCUACGAUCCUCGGCUUCAACAUCAGCUCAGAUCGCUGCACAGGCUGCUGCUAGUGCGAAGGCCGCCGCCGAGGCCGCCGAACGCCAUCGCAGGGACCUUAUCAUCGGCAUAGUUCUUGGGGUGGGGCUGCCAUGUAUCAUCAUGGCUCUCGGGGCUUGGUGGUGGAGGAGACGUAGGAGGUCGUUGCCGACUGGGAUCUGGGAUGACCAAGACACUAUGGCACGAAGCUGGGUCGUGCCCAAUCAGGAUCCCGCCGAAGUUCCUCAAAGGAAAGAGCCUUACCGAUAUCUGAAGUCGAAUUCGGCAGCCAGCAGCAUGACAAUGGCUGCCAGGGGUCCGUCAAAUAUUCCUGUGCUGUCUUUACCUGGUGCAGAUGGAUACCGACAUGUGAGGACAUCUUCAACGCCACACGUAUCUCCUCCAGCUUCACCUCCGUCGUCUCCUGACCCACCCUCAAAACGCCGCCGAAACAGAGCGGACCCAUUGUCGCCAAACUCGACAGCGCCCAGUGCGAUGCCACAGCUACCACCUCUGUUAUUUUCCGAGCUGAGAGUGCCGGCGCUUGAUCACCGACAGCCUCGGGUGGCACUUGAGCGCAGCUACAGCACGCUGAAUAUCAGUGGAUUGGCCUUCGACUCCGAUGCGGAACCGGAUAUUAUCAUCCAACAUCGGGACGGAGGAGUUGUGCAAGAAUUGCCGCCGCCCUAUCUGGAUCGUUCUGGGGCCGGAACUUCUGGGAGCGUGAACAUGAACGAAGAUCACCGCGAAAGCUGA